AUGGUGGUGCUAAGUGCACAUUUUCGGGCUUACAUACAAGCAUUGGAGAAACUACAGAUGGACAUAGCAACUUCCACCGACUUGCUUGGUGUUGAAACCAGAAGCACCGGCUUCAUUUUCUCCAUUGGAAAAGAACCUCUGAAAACCCGUCCUUCAGUGUUUGCUCUGGGUGAACAAAUAAACAUUUUAAAGGAAAUCGAUCAGCCAGCAUUGAUACCUCAUAUAGCUGAAGCGAAGUCACAUAAAUACUCAUAUGAAGUUCUUUUCAGAAGCUUGCAGAAACUUCUUAUUGAUACUGCCACUUCAGAAUACCUGUUUACUGAUGAUUUCUUUGGCGAAGAAUCCAUAUUCCAUGAUAUAUUUGCAGGACCGAUUCAAGUUGUAGAUGAACAUUUCAAUGCUGUACUCCUGAACUGUUAUGAUGCAAUUGGCAUAAUGCUUAUGAUCAGAAUAAUUUAUCAGCACCAGCUCAUCAUGUUUAAGCGGCGAAUCCCAUGUUUGGACUUUUACCUAGACAAGCUUGAUUUAAAUUUGGAGCGAUUGCGGAUGGCAAUUGAGGACUUGCUUGUUAAGUUGGCCAAAAUGUUUGCUAAACCGAAGUUGCAAACUAUUUUUCUGAUAAAUAACUAUGAUUUAACAAUUUCCAUUUUAAAGGUAGAAAUUCUCGGCCUGAUUUUAAAUGGCAACCUUUUCUGUUAUAGUAACUUCCCAGAAGCUGGAACUGAGGGUGGGAAGGCACAACAACACUUCGAGGAGGUUCUUAAGAGCAACAUCGCAAUAUAUGUGGAAGAGUUGCUCCUGGAGCAGUUCAGUGGUUUGAUCAAAUUCGUCAAAUCUCGUCCAGAUCUUGAGGGCGACGCUCGCAGGCUCACCGAGUGUGUCAAGAGGAUCAACGGCGGCUCUGCCCUCAACAAGGACCUGGUGUCCAUAUCCUCCAUCCUGUUCGAAAUCAAGAAGUAUUCCAGGACGUUUUAG